AUGCCACGACGACAGGGAGGAUUUAGGUUUCAAGCGAAGAAGAUUUUUCUGACUUAUCCGAGAUGUGCGAUGGAGAAGGAGGAUGUGCUUAAGGAACUGUCGUUGAAGAUUGAUUACUCUGUCGGGGGACCGAUAAGCGAAGAACGUCCUGUGAAGGUGGAUUUGAAGGAUGGCUUAAUGUUUAUAACCUUGCAAACAGCAACUCGGAGAUUACGGGUUGAAUAA